AUGCAUAUUCUGGUUACCAACGACGACGGGCCGCCGUCGAAUCAGUCGUCGCCCUACAUCCAUUCCCUCAUCCACACGCUGCAGAACGCCGGGCACAUUGUAUCAGUGGUCCUCCCGCAUCAACAGCGAUCAUGGGUCGGUAAAGCCCACAUUGUCGGCGCCUCCGUGGUGCCAACCUACUUCCGCCCCGGCACCCUCCAUGAAGACGAUGGGACGGUCCACCACCUGCCCCGUGGGUGCGAUCCCGCUGAAGACGACGACGAAGGCGAAGGUGACGAAUGGAUCCUGAUUAACUCGACACCGGCAAGUUGCGUCCAGAUCGGUCUCUACCACUACUUCCAAGACCGGGGUCCGAUAGAUCUGAUCAUCUCCGGUCCUAACUAUGGCCGGAAUACCACUGCAUUGUUCGCGCUGUCGAGUGGUACUAUCGGUGCUGCGAUGGAGGGUGCUGUCUGCGGCAAACGAUCAAUCGCACUGUCCUACGCUUUCAGUUCGCGCAACCACGACCCCGUCGUUAUCGCGGAAGCGUCGCGCCAUUCGGUCAAGCUUAUUGAAUACCUGAUGAACAACUGGGCCGAUAACGUGGACUUGUACAGCAUCAACGUUCCAUUGGAGCCCGGUGUCAGUCAAUGUAAGACUGUAUAUACGGAGAUGCUUGACAACCGGUGGUCGUCGGGUAGCUGUUUCACGGCCGUGGACCCUCUGGCGGCGCAGCAGGACCCCGAUACGCAAGAGAAGAGAUUGCGUGAACAAGGCGAGAAGACUGGGACAGCACCUGAUGUGCCUGCUCCAGCACCUGGAAAGAGGUCAAAACAUCAGCACAAGCAUUUCCAAUGGGGUCCGAACUUCGGGGAUAUUUUUAGGAGUGUGGAAGAGAGUGGACCGGGGAAUGAUGGCCGUGCUGUUAGAGAGGGGAUGACAAGCGUUACACCUCUAAGGGCAAACUUCAUGCAUACACCGAAUAUCCAAGGGGAGAUUAAGCUACCGGACCAUGGAUCUUCCGCUGCCCUACACUACGUCGUCGAUUGUGACGAUGACUACGUCCAAGACUUGAUGGCGCAAGCACUACAGAGCCGUCUGGGAACUACUACUUGCCGGUCUAUUUCUUCUCUGCUAGAGCUGCCAAAGCGAAACCUGCCCGUUUUCCAGUACCGGGAAUACGAACGCCUCGACUUUGAACAUGUCAUGAUGCAUACGUCCACAUCGCUGGCCAACGCCUACAUCAUCCGAAAAGCGCUUAUUCGCAAGCAUUACCUGUCGAACACGGUGUCCAACUGGGUCUCAAAGCACCCGGACAGUCUUCUGCGGAAUCACUUCAAAUUUGGCUUUGACUUCGAGUUGGACUAUGCUGAGUUCCUCGAUGAUGCAUUGUUAGAGGCGUACGAGCUGCGCGACAGCUUGGGAAAGAACGAACAGAGACCCGACUCUGAAAAGGAAUGGUGGAUUCUUAAGCCCGGAAUGAGUGAUCGCGGACAGGGAAUCCGUUUGUUCAACAGCGAGGAUCAACUUCGUGAAAUCUUCGAGGAGUGGGAAGUUGAUGAAUCUGACAUUGAGAGUGAUUCAGAGUCUACCCGUGAACAGGCCGAAAAAGCCAAGGAUGAGGAGGAAGGAAAGUCGGGAGAUCAGGGUGUGGUCACCUCUCAACUACGCCAUUUCAUUGCCCAGCCAUACAUUGACCCUCCGCUCCUCCUGCCGUCCUCCUCCAACCGCAAGUUUCACAUCCGCACAUACAUCCUCGCUGUGGGGGCCCUGAAAGUUUAUGUCUUCAAGGAAAUGUUGGCCCUAUUCGCUGCCAAAUCCUACUGUUCCCCAUGGGAGGCCGAAGAUGAAGUGAUCGAUCUUGCCCGGCACCUGAGCAACACCUGUUUUCAGGAAGGGGGCAGCGCCAACGAAGGUAGCGUGCGACGAUUCUGGAAGCUCGAGUCUGAGGUCCCUGGACUCAGCUCGGACUGGAAGGAGAAGGUCUUUGACCAGAUUUGUGCCAUCACAGGCGAAGUAUUCGAAGCUGCGGCCAGAGGCAUGAUGGUUCACUUCCAGACCCUCCCCAACGCUUUCGAGUUAUUCGGAGUGGACUUCAUGGUCGAUGAGGCUGGGACUGUUUGGUUGUUGGAAUUGAACGCUUAUCCGGAUUUCGCGCAGACUGGCGACGAGCUGAAGGAAGCUGUCGUCGGGCGUUUGUUCGAAGAGACGGUGGAUGUUGCUGUGAAGCCGUUCUUCGGUCUUGAGGAGAAGUCCGUGGAUGGGACCGAACAUAUGAAGUUGGUGGCUAAUCUGGACCUGGGAAGGAAUUUUUAG